CCUGAUUUCAUAAUUAGAUGUUGUAAUGUCAUAGCAGAACCUGCAGCAAAACUAUUAUUUCUUUUUCGAUCAAUUAUCUUCGAUUUUCACUUCAUUCCAAUUUUUGUACAAUGGAGAUGUCGAUGCUGUGGCUUGUGGCUGUGGCGUUGGCUCAAUCAGCCAUCGCCAUGUCAAUGUUUCUGCUGCGCCUCCAGCAGCAGAGCCAUGACCCGCUGGGGCCUCUGGCCGGGCUACGACCAGCCCGAGAGCGCCGGUCCAUGAGUUUUGGUGGCUUCAGUGAGUUUGCGUCGGAAUCUAAGUCAUGGUUCCCGUGGCCGAGCUCCGGCAGCGGCUCUGGCAGCUCCUCCAAUUAUAAGUCCGACUUCUCGCCGCCGGACUUCGCUGCGUUCGGAGGUGGCAUCAAGGGAGGCAGCCGGGGGGGCAAGAGUGGAGGAAAAGGCAGUGGCCGUGCGGAGGCAAGUCUCGGUCCAAUUUUCAUCACCAAAGUUGACGUCCCGGAAUCGAUGAGGAACAAAUUCAACAGACCUGCUGAGACAUCAACGGCCGCGCGCAGGGCCAAAUACGGCCUCGACAGGGAGUUUUCGACGCCACCUCAUGCGUAUCGCAUCGCUGAGGAAAUCCCAUUCUUCGACACCCUCGACCACAAGACAGUGAUGCUGACGCUGCAGAACUUCCGGGCUGACAACGGAAUACCGCUUGCACAUCUACAGAGCAUCAGGCCCUUCUUCCCUUUCUUUGUUAAGAACUAAAUGCCUUUUGUAAUUUUCACUGCGCUCUCUUCUUUUCCUCUGUCAUGAUUGAUGUGUGUUGAAUUUAGUUUCUUCCGAAAUCUGCAACUUUUUUCUCAUAUAUCAUUGAAUGAUGUUUUUGAUUUGGAUAUUGACUUGAUUUGGAAGUCCAUUUCAUUAUAAUAUAAUUGGCAGUUUCUUACUUUUUCUGCUCUUUAAAUUUAUUUAUCUAAUUCCGUCGCCAGCUCUUUCGUUCAGAGUGGCUGCUAGCAAUGACUUUAAUUUAUAUUUUUCUACUUCCUCUUUUGAGAUUCAAAAUAUUGAAUCCAUUCCCUGCAAUAAAUCUUCCUUCGUGAAGCGUGCAUCAAAUGAAGCGCGUCAAAUUCCGCUGAAUGAAAGUUGUUGAUCAAAACCUGGCACUAUUGUUCUUAAAUCAUAUAUUAAAAGCCUUUAUUUUUAAGCCGGCAGAGCCAGACUAAACAAAGCUCGUAGGUUGUGACUCCGAAAUUUCCCAAUAUAUUUAGGUAUUCGGAUUAUAUCUUAUAAAAAUUCCAUCAAAGCUAUAGUCAGACAAGUACCUUCCGUUACCUUGAUAACGACGGUUAAUUAAUUGAUAAAAACUUAAAAACCUGCAAAAUGAGAACAGAAAAUAUUGUGAACUGAGAUAAUUUCCUGAAGCUACAUAAAAAGAAGAUUGUGUAUUGCUGGAAGCGGAAAAUUCUAUUUAACUGAUAUUUUGCCAACCGAAAUUUUCAUUGGACGUGAAAACAAUCUGAAAAUCUUCAUCAUAAUAAACUGAAUUUAAUUCUUUUAUUACUUUCCUUUAGUCCGUCACGAAUUCAAUUUGAAGAGGCCGAGGUCAGAAUAAUCUCCUUUGGUGGAGCUUUUAUUCCA